CAUUUUACUUAGAUGGGUCUCUUUGCCCCUGAUCGUUCCCAGCCGCACCGUUGGCGACGGCCACACAGGCACGACCUCCCCGACAGAGUCGCCCUGCUGAUGCCGCACCGCACUCACCUCCCGCCGCUCCGCGCGUUCCAGUUCCCGCUCGCCACCCACCUCCGUCACACUUGCUCUCCUUCCCCGCCACCACCUUGCCUCUCGCCAGCUCCCGUACCCCGAUGGCCGACGCCGCUUCGCGCCCGCGCGUUCGGCGAAUCCAUUCGCGGAGGCGCCGAGCCCCCUGGCUCCACCCUCGACGCGCUCCUCUCUGGCGCGGAGUUGCUCUGCCUCGCGCCGCCCGCCAUCUGCUCUGCGGUUUGCGCUGUCCGCCUUAUCGUCACGCGGGGCGGCUCAGUCAAGCCAUUCGCUGCUCUAGCGAGUGGGAGGAUGUUCGUCUUGCAGUACGUUCUCUUGGUGGGGGCGGUGGCGGUCGGGGUGCUGGUCCGGCGGAAGCAAUGGGAGCGACUUUGCCGGGUGGGCGCGGGCGGCAGCGCAUCGGCCACAGGUGGUGUGGAUUUGGUGGGGAGGGUCGAGAAGGUGGAGGAGAGCGUGCGGGGUGUGUUGGCGGCCGUUGUAGUGCUGUCGAGAACAGUGGAGAAGCUCGGCGUCAGGUUUAGGGUGCUGCGGAGGACGGUGACGGAUCCUAUCAGUGAGACAGCAACAUUAGUUGAAAAGAAUUCAGAAGCCACUCGAAUACUAGCAGCGCAAGGAAAUCUUCUCGAGAAAGAAAUUGGUUCGAUACAAAAGGUUCUGUACGCGAUGCAGGACACAUACAAUCGUAUAUUUUAAAUCCCUCCGCUGGAUCAUGUUAUAUUAUAGGAACAACAAGAAAAGCAACUUGAGCUAAUCCUUGCAAUUGGGGAAGCAAGUAGGAUAUUAGAUGACAAGCAGGACUUAGGCCAGGAAACUGCUAUAUCUUCCAGUUCAGCUCCAGAUUAUGCAAAUAUAAGGGACCCGAAUAUCCAUGGAACAUCAGAUUUUUAGGCACGGCAGAUCAAAUGUUUUUUUGGCAAUUUACGUUGGCGCAAGGAUGGCAACUAAACUUACCACCCUCGGCAAACAUAAUUUGCCAUGAAAAACGUUUGAUUUGCUAUGCCUAAAAAUCUGACGUCAGUUUUUUUUAGCAUUUCAAAAUAUAAAAGCUGAAACACUUGCAGGCGGCAAUAAAAACCCUGAUUUCAUUUGCCGAAAUAGAAGCUAUAGAAGCGUCAUAAGCCUCUGCAUUAAGGUUUUGUACCAUCCAAAUAGCGAAGAGGAAUAGAUGAUUAAAGUGGUUCCCUGACGAAUAAAAUCACUGCUUUGAACAGUAAGCUGCCAGCAAUAUUUUGAUAUGCUCUUUGUAAACACAGGAGACGCAGAAUAAAUACACCAUAACGUGUGAUAUGUGCAGAGCAAAGCUGUUGUUUUUACAAGAUC